CCCCACGCGUCGCUUUAGCAGCAAGUUUCCGCUUCCGGGUUUUUCCGGUAGCGUUCUCCGCUGUGGUUAGGAUGAGCGGAGGAGGAAAAACCCGGGAGGGAGCUGCGGGAGCUGGAGAAGGUGCAGCUGCCAUCCUGCUCCGUUACCUUCAGGAGCAAAACCGGCCACACAGUGCUCAGGAUGCCUUUGGCAACUUACAACGAGAGCAUGGCCUGGGCAAGACGGCUGUCGUGAAGGCACUAGAGCAGUUGGCUCAACAAGGGAAGAUCAAAGAGAAGGUGUAUGGGAAGCAAAAAAUCUAUUUUCCAGACCAGGAUCGCUUUGGUAGUGUGAGUGAGUCAGAGCUCAAAGGCCUGGACAAUGAGAUUUCGGAACUGUCGUGCAAAGUACAGACCCUCCAACAGAACUGUCGUCAUAUGGAGUCAGAACUGAAAGAACUGAAGGGCUCUAUGACAACCCCAGAGAUGGUUAAGGAGAUUGAAGAGUUAAAAAAAGACUGUGCCAAUUACACAGAGAAACUGGAGCGAAUUAAAUCUGCUGCCAAUCAUGUGACGCCUGAGGAGAAAGAAAAGGUGUACAAUGAGAAGAAGCUGUAUUGCAGGGAAUGGCGUCGCCGGAAGAGAAUGGUAAAAAUCAUCCAUAUAAGAAUGGAAAGAAGGGCAACAGAGCUACUCGAUGCAAUCCUGGAAGGCUACCCCAAAAGCAAGAAGCAAUUCUUUGAGGAAGUUGGCAUUGAGACAGAUGAAGAUUUCAAUGUUACUUUACCCACCGUCUGAACCAAGGCCUUUCCUGUUUUAGGAAACAGUCACCUACUUAGCACUCGUUUUAGUCCUACAUAUUCCAUAUUGCUGUAUAUUUUUGAAACUACUCCACAUUCAAUAAGGGAUAAGCAGACCCUGCCUACUGCACUAUUAUUUCUUAGUUCCAGCAUCUCUCCCCUGGCACAUCAGGCUAAUUGCCAUUUUGUUCUUAAAGAUGUUAGUCUCACUACACAGGAUUGCUGAUAAGCACUUGUCCAGGGGUGGGGUGGGGGACACAAAGUAAAAUAAAUACUUGAAUUAUCUCUGAUGGCUGUAUCAUUUUCUGUUUGUAACUAGCUUGCAUACUGUAUAGGUGGUAUAUUGUGCACAUUAAAUCUACCUUGCUCCUUUG